ACCAUGAAGUUCACCGCUACUCUCGGAUUCGUUGCCGCCGUGGCCGCCUUCGGCUCUGCCAACGCCGCCAUGUCUGCCUGCUCCAAGAAGAUUGCACUCCAGCUGACCAACAUCUACGAGAAUGGCGACACUGCCUUCCACUACGACUACUGCGAGAACAUCAAGGACGGGCGUGGUUACACAGCCGGUAUCGCUGGUUUCUGCACCUGGCACUUCGGAUGCCUGGGUUGUCCUGCAGGACUACCACAAGAUGACUGGCGGCAAGGACGAGUUCAGCAACGGCCUGGAGGGCUACUGCUCGUGUGGGGCAAGCUGGGCAAGUCUGAUGCCAAGUUCCGCAAGGCGCAGGACAAUGUGCGCGACAGCAUGUACUUUAACCCGUCGCAGAAGCUGGCAGACAAGCUGGGUGCUACGCUCGAUGUGACCCGCGCACAGCUCUAUGAUACGACGAUCCAGCACGGCGAGGGCACGGACCCCGAUUCGGUUGGUGCGCUGAUCAAGAAGACCAGCGC